AUGCCUCCCAAGAAGCAAGUUGUAGAGGAGAAGAUCCUCCUCGGUCGUCCGGGAAAUAACUUGAAGAGUGGUAUCGUCGGUCUUGCCAACGUUGGCAAGUCGACUCUGUUCCAGGCUAUCACCAAAUGUAGUCUUGGUAACCCUGCCAACUUCCCUUAUGCUACCAUUGACCCGGAAGAAUCCCGUGUCUUGGUUCCAGAUGAGCGGUACGACUGGCUGUGCAAGAAGUACAAUCCCAAGUCGCGUGUGCCCGCUCAUUUGACCAUCUAUGAUAUUGCUGGUCUGACGAGAGGCGCGUCAACCGGUGCAGGUCUGGGUAACGCUUUUCUGUCACACAUUCGAGCUGUCGACGCUAUUUUCCAAGUCGUCCGAUGCUUCGAUGAUGCCGAGAUUAUUCACGUCGAGGGUGACGUUAACCCCGUCAGAGAUUUAGAUAUCAUCGCAGAGGAGCUGCGACUAAAGGAUAUCGAGUUCGUCGAGAAAGCUAUAGAGAACUCCAAGAAGAAGACCCGCGUAGGUGGUCAAAGCCUGGAAUUGAAGAAGGCUAAAGAGGAAGAAGCCACUAUAGAAAAAAUCCUCGCGUGGCUGAAGGAUGGGAAAGAUGUUCGGAAAGGCGCCUGGACCCCAAAGGAGGUCGAGGUUAUCAACACUCUUUUUCUUCUUUCCGCAAAACCAGUAGUAUACCUAGUCAACUUGUCAGAGAAGGACUAUACUCGCAAGAAGAACAAGCAUCUCGCCAAGAUUGCUGAGUGGAUGAAGGAGCACGCCGCGGGCGAUCCUAUUCUACCCAUCUCCGUAUCAUUUGAGGAACGUCUCACGCACUUCGGCUCUGAUGAAGAAGCUGCUGAAGAAUGCAAGAAGCUCGGUAUCGAGUCGGCAUUGCCUAAAAUCAUCACAACGAUGCGGAAGGCAUUGAAUCUUGGUAGCUUUUUCACAACCGGUACCGACGAGGUAAGGCAAUGGACCAUCCGGCUUGGUACCAAGGCACCACAGGCUGCCGGUGUUAUCCACACGGAUUUCGAAAAGACCUUUAUUCAGGCUGUAGUAUACAACUUCAGCACACUCAAGGAAUUGGGUGACGAGGCCGAAGUCAAGGCCAAGGGUAAGGUUAUGACCAAGGGCAAAGACUACGUAGUAGAAGACGGCGAUAUUUUAUUGAUCAAGGCCGGCGCUGCCAAAGGCUAG